AUGGAUGAAGAUACUUUUGCUCAUAGGUAUCUCCAUUUGUUGUUGGAGGAAGUUUUUAACACAGAUGAUUAUAAAUUUGUUUGUAAAGAUAAUAAAAAACAUGAAAUCAUCUAUGGAGAAAUAAAACCCCCAUAUACACCUAAUAAUGUUGUCAAUAAAGCUUUGAUAAAACCUGCUGAAUUCAUGAAGGGAUCCCUGGGUGAUAUAGGCAACAAACCAGGAUUUGAAACAUUUGGGAUACUCAUCUAUGCAUGUAUCUCAAUUUUAAUGGUGUAUACUGUCUUAACCAAAACAAAAAUGAUCUUGCCAACUGAACAUGCCAAUUUUUUAACUAUUAUCCCAGUUAUUUCGAAUUUUUAUAGCUUAUUG